GAGGAGAAGGAGGAGAGGAGGAGUGUCUCAGGGGAACCGUUCUGCCGACCCGCCCCCUGCCCCUUUAUCGGCCUCGGUCCGGGCCACCCGAGCAGCGGGAGCGUGUUCCCACCCGCCGGGCCGGAGUCCGGGCCCCAGCCCACUGUCUCCCCGCCAGUCGUCUCUGUGUUUUGCGGCUCCACGCCCGGAGUCUUCGUGGGGUUGGGGCUGAGACGAUGGGGUCUGAGCCCAGAUGCGGGAGAGGCCUUGGGCUGGGACACCUGGUACCACUGCUGCUGCUGCUGCUGCUGACUUCUCUGGUUACUGUCCACCCAGAAACUCCAGAAGCAGCCGUCCAGGCUGACUUAGGGGAGACCGACGAUCAGUGCAGAGAGAUCACCUCACAGAGACUGGUGGACAAGAAGAGGCUCAUUGGAAUUAAUACUGUCCCUGCAUUCUGGUCCUUCAUGUCAUUUCUGAAACUAUCUCAGAAUCCCAUACACUUUAUUUACUACACAACCAUCAUCGACAUUUUUACAGACAUGUACUUCAAUUGUUUUAGCUCAAACACGGAAAGUAGAAAGCAGAAUUGGGACGAAUGGCUUUAUAGGAUCUUGGGGAAAAAUGGGAUGAAGAUAGAAAAGCCCCUGGAAAAGACUCCAUCCAGUUGAAGGAAGCCGCCCGCCUGCUUCUUGGAAGCAAAGAUCAUCCAAGCUCCCUCUUCUGACCUUCCUCUGAGAAUUCCCAUUUGGAGAAGAAUCACUGAAACUCCAGUUCCCUCUCCUCAACCACACAAACACACCAUCCCCUCUGUCCAGCCUGUUAAUGGGUCUGCCCAUCCAAGCGAUGUCUGAGUGCUCUUGGGUCAAGCUGACACUGUCAGAGGAUAUUUCUGGAAGUCAGUGGGCAAUGUUUGGUCACUUUCUACUUAAAGGGACCCCAUCUAAACCUGAGACCAGGGAUCUCUGGCCCCUCGUGCAUUAAACUCCAUUACGAAA